AAUAGUGAUAAGGUGAAAAUGGCUGCUGGGAAGAUGUGCACCAGGAAGAGCAAGGAGGAAACUGCCGAGUGGAUAGGAUUGUUCCUGAAUGACUUGAAAACGGAGCAGGAGUCUCUCGUUUUUGUCAAGAGGAUGAUGGCGGUGGCGGUGUCCUCCAUCACCUACCUCAGAGGGAUCUUUCCAGAAGAUGCCUACAGGUCCAGAUAUCUGGAAGAUUUGUGCAUCAAAGUUUUGCGUGAAGACAGCAACACUCCUGGUGCCAGCAAGGUUGUGAAAUGGAUGAUGGGCUGCUUUGAUGCUUUAGAGAAGCAGUAUCUCCAGGUUGUUUUCAUUGGGGUGUACACCAAUCCAGAUGAACCUAAUUGCAUUAUCGAGUCGUACCAGUUCAAAUAUAAAUACACUGAGAAGGGGCCUGAGAUGAACAUACUCAGGAACAACGAUGUGGAGAUGCAGGUGACAUUGGAGGACACCAAAAAAGCCUCAGUGCUGCUCAUCAGGAAGCUCUUCCUGCUCAUGCAAAACCUGGAAGCCCUCCCCAACAACGUGUACAUCACCAUGAAACUCUACUAUUAUGAUGACAUCACCCCGGCCGACUACCAGCCCCCAGGCUUCAAAGAGGGCGAAUGUGAUAGCCUGUGGUUCGAAGGCAUGGCCGUGCACUUCAAGGUGGGCGAGGUGCAGACGGCGUUCCACACCUUGCUAGUGCGCGUGUCAGCCGAACAAAGCCGGCUGGAGAAGCUUCAAGAAGGGAAUCACCUGAGGGACAGCAAGCAGGAUUCUCUGAGACAUCCUGCAGAGAGCGAGACCAUCGAGGACCCUCUUGAGAAAACAUACGACGAAGAGGAUCUGCCUUCUGAAGAUGAGUCUGCUGCACAGUUCAAGAAACCUAAAAAACCCAUGGCAAAGAGAAAUGCAGCUACCAGAAAUCUGUCGCGGAAGAAGAGGAUUUAGCCACAACAUCAAACAAUAUAAUAAGCUGUCAGCAAUGAAC